AUGCAUUUCUUGACUAUAUAUCCCAGCAGCAGUGUCAGAACCCUGAGCCCCGCGCAGAGGAAGGACGCUCUUGCACUUGGCCUUUUAGCAACUCAGGACUUUGGAAGAGAUUUGCCAGCCCUCGAUCCCGGCCGAGAGAGCUGUGCUUCGAUGCUGAGGAUGGAGCCCCUCAACAGCACGCACCCCAGCACCGCAGCCCCCCGCGGCCUCCCGGUGUCCCACGUGCCGGGUGGCGGAGGCAGCAACGGCAACGAGUACUUCUACAUUCUGGUCGUCAUGUCCUUCUACGGCAUCUUCUUGAUCGGGAUCACGCUGGGCUACAUGAAGUCGAAGAGGCGGGAGAAGAAGUCCAGCCUCCUGCUGCUCUACAAAGAUGAGGAGGGGUUCUGGGGGGAGGCCAUGAAGCCGCUGCCCCUGGUGUCGGGCCUGAGGUCGGUGCAGGUGCCCAUGAUGCUGAACAUGCUGCAGGAGAGCGUGGCGCCGGCCCUGUCCUGCACCCUCUGCUCCAUGGAAGGGGACAGUGUGAGCUCCGAGUCCUCCACCCCCGACGUGCACCUCACCAUCCAGGAGGAGGGGGUGGACGAUGAGCUGGGGGAGACUUCCGAGGCGCUCCUCAACGAAAGCAGCGAAGGGUCCUCGGAGAACCUCCAUCAGAAUUCCUAGCACCCCCGGGGCCCCCCAUCAGCCAGCACUCUCGGAGAGAGGAAGGACACUUUCCGUGUCUGGUUUCACUUUUGCAGUGCGUGCCGCUGCCGCUUCAAAGAGACUGUGGGCGAGCCCCUGAAUGGGGGCGGCGGGGGGACGAGGCUGGGCCGGAGGCAGUGGCCAGGAGUCCACACCGCCCGCAGGGCCUGUGGUGUAGACCUGCCACUGAAAAGCCCCCGAAGACCUGCGGUGUGUACGCUGACUUUGGGGCCUGGGGGUUGGGGUUCCGGUUCAGAAAUCAGCAGGUCGCUGGGCUUGCUGCUGUUUUGGCGCUUGAUGUCCUGGGUAACUCCGGUGGCAUCUGCCCAACGCCCAGGACAGCCGGAGGACUAGUUGUGAUUUGCUAAUUUGCCUAGAGCUUUGUUCUGGGUCUGAUUGGCUGUAAGUACCUCUACCGUGUCCCUGUAGUGGGCUAGGGAACUUCUCUUGGAGGUUAAUUUAGGUUAGAGGGGGUGUCUGAUGCAAGACUUCUGAUAGCAGAAAGCCGGAGAUCCAAACCUGGUUCAUUUGCACGCUGUAAGAAAAAAAAAGAAAGAAAAGCAACUUUUAAACCUGAUAAUAUUGGCUAGGACUAUAAAAUGUCAUCUGCUAUUUUGACCCUUUGUCUAACCUAUGACCUUGAGCUCUGACCUCAGACCAUCCAGCAUCGCCUGCUGGUGGGGACGUUUUCUUGGUUGCAAGGGCUUCCCCAGAAUCUAAGCUGCACCCUGAAGAGCCAUGCAGGGGACUCUUCUGAAUCUUUCCAGAAGGGGAGAUGGGUGGGGUUGAACGAGGCCAAGCCGUUAGCUCUGCUGCUGCUUUUUUCCCAGCCUCGUUUUCAAAGCUGGGAGCUGAUGUAACGUGGGCCUCCACAGUGUGGCAUUUCAUCACGUAGCCAAGACCUAAAGGGCAUACUCAGGUGGAGGUCACACAAAGCAGGGGUCCAGGUUCUGUCUUCUGAUCCUGAGCCCUGACGCUGAUUUGCUGUGUGGUCCUGGGCAUGUCAUCAGUAGGCUUACUGCCUUCAUGAGGCUCCCGAAUUGAGAUCCCCAGGGGGCCGGGAGGAUGUCUUUGGAUUUCAAGACUGUGAUAAAUCCUGUAUGGCCUGGUGUGAGGAAGCUUGGACUCAAUAUUUCCCACUUGGCCGGUCAGUCUGAGAAUGGAUCUGCUUAUUUAAAGGAGCAGAUGGGGACUCAGCACACGUAACUGGGAAAUCGAGGGCGAAUCACACCACUUCACGCGGUCAUUUUCCCAGUCGUGAACCAAGGGAGGCAAAUACCACAUUUGACUCUGCAAAGUUCCCUGGGUAGUCAAAUGUUAGUACUUGAGCUGAGAGACGAGAGAUCUAAAAGCAAAUGUUCAGGAAUGCUUGCUAAUGUCUCCACGUAUUCCUGCGGUCAGUAAUUUGUAGCAGAUCCUUUAGGCCCUUGAAGGCAAGCAGGAAGAGAAACACACCAAAAGGUCAAAUGUAAUUCUAGUAAAAACAAAAACAAAGAUUUUUUUUUUAAACUCUCCCUUGAUUGGAGAUGGUAAUAACCACCGUUCCCAUGGAAGGGUUAACAGUGAGGAGCUAGUUUGUCAGUUUGCCUUAACACAGUGCUGGAGGAAAUUUAUGUUUGGGGGCGGGGAGGGCCCUCCGUUCACUUUAAAAUUUAGAGUGUGGAUUUACUCCAAAGGGGGCUGUUUAAGGUGAAAGAAGCCAAGUUAAGUUUGGCCCCUUGCCUGGAAUCACUUGAAUUCUGAAACUUUACUGCGACGGACUUGUGCGUUGUCACAUUUUCCAUUGCUUAAUCCCGAAGUUUGGUGCAAGUCUAUCUGCGCCUAUUAAAAAAGUGAUGUAUAUACUUCCUUCUUAUUCUAUUAAGUUGUAUAAAAUUGUCUUCUGUAUUUAACAGUUUGUAAUUUUCACACUAUUUUUUAAUUUAAAUAAAACACAUUUUCCCUAAGAAA